CCUUAAUCAUGAUGAUGGAUUGGAAGCUCUCGUCAUCAUCUCUUCAACACCAAAACUCUCUAUUUCUCUGUUCUCCCCACAUGAAAAAAAAAGAGUACCACUCACCCCUCUCUCUCUCUAAACUCCUUGUCCUUGGCUGCUUAUUCUCUCUCCACAAACAGAUAGUGGGCAGUACAUACAUACAGUGAGAGAGAAAGAGAGAGAAGUCCUGAAUCUAAUGGAGUACGAAAGAAUUCACAAAGUGCAGGCUGGUUUAUUGUCACCAAGUAAGCUAAGAAUGAAGCUUGUAGGAGUUCAUCAUCAGAGGAAGACAAACGAAGGAUCAACUUCAAAUUGUAACUCCUCAAGAACCUCUCCUUCCAAAGUUGAUGAUUCUGAGUUUGUGAAGAACAGCUUGUUGGCAGCCUCCGAUUUCGACGAGGAAGCAUUCAAAUUGCCCGGAGAUACAUUAUUUCCAAAUGGGAGCCAAAGUUUUGUCCAGACAAAAGAAAGUUCCCAGUUGACAAGCCAUUUGCCAAAGGGCGAAGGCGGAAAUUCUAGUUCAAUUCACCCAUUGAAAGUGUGCGAAGAUGAGAAUCUGGAUUACGACAGCACUUCCAGCUUUGAGUUUCACAAAGGGGAGAGAUCGAUGCAGCAUUCGAUGGCUAGGUCAUUUUCUAGACCCAUGCCUUCAAAGUGGAAUGAUGCAGAGAAGUGGAUAAUGAGUCGCCAAAACAUCCAAACCAACCAUCACCCGCCCAAGAAGGUUCACUUCCACAACCAAACGAAUCGGAUGCCCGGGAUGAGCAUUGUUAGGGUCGCCCCGGAAUCCGCUAGCUUUAUUGAAAAUAAAUUAGCUGUUAAGAGGGUUGAUUUUUGCCAACCGUCGUCCGACCACUCAUCUCAUCCCAUUUCUGGUCAAGGGAGUGCGCAAACUGCAUCUUUUGAUCUCUGUCCGGAAGGAAACAAUUUGGCUGAGAUGGAUGAUGGAGGCUUGGCAGAAGAUAAAGGUUUUGCUGGCAUUAGAUCGGUUUCAAUGAGAGACAUGGGAACAGAAAUGACUCCGAUCCCUAGCCAAGAACCAUCAAGGACCGCAACGCCCGCGGGGGCCACCACCCCACUUCGGAGCCCAACAUCAUCGAUCCCUUCAACACCCCGUAGAAGCGGAGAAGAAUCAAAAACUGCGGUAGACCUUCAUGCCAUUGACCAGCGGCAUGAUGAUUCCCAGGCAGAAAACUGCAACAGGGAAUUGUCUGAACAAGAACUGAAGCUCAAGACCAGGAAAGAAAUCGUGUCCCUUGGUCUGAAGCUUGGCAAGACCAGCAUUGCUGCUUGGGCUAGUAACAAGGAUGAGAAAGAAAGAAGCGGCUCUGUUCCUUUACACGGCACAGAGAUGGCUGAGCUUGAACAUCAGAUUGAAUUUGCCAAACGUGCCACUGCUUGGGAAGAAGCUGAAAAGACAAAACACGCCGCAAGAUAUAAGCGUGAAGAAGUAAAGAUUCAAGCUUGGGAAAGUCAACAGGAAGCGAAGCUUGAAGCAGAGAUCAGAAGAAUAGAGGCACAAGUAGAGAGAAUGAGAGCACAAGGCCAAGCGAAGAUGGUAAAGAAGAUAGCAAUGGCAAAAAGGAUAUCAGAAGAGAAACGUGCAAAGGCCGAAGCCAGAAAAAACCGGCAAGCCGAAAAAACCGCAGCCGAUGCAGAGUAUAUUCGCCAAACCGGACGGUUUCCCUCAGCCGGUCUUUUGUGUUGUGGAUGGUAAUUAUUACUGUAUGUUGCAGAAGUAGUUCAUUUCAUCAGAGAGUCUCUUAUUUGUGUGUGUACAUCAGAAAUUGUAUCAUUUGUAUGUUUAUCAGAUGAGGGAGGAGUGUUUACUUUUUUACCUCUGGUAAAUAAACACUCCAAGCAGGGUAAACUAUUAGGUGAUAAUGGAUCCCUUUUGCAGCUCUCCAAGGUAAUUUGUAUAUGUUCUCAACAUGCCAUUUGUCUUAUCAUUGUCACUAAGAAAGUGUACUAUUAGCAGUUAUAGAGCAACCCAAUGGAAGCAUAAUUCUGGUCAGGACCUGUUUAGCAUAAGU